AAUGGUGCCGUCCCAGUGAUAGCUUUUGUACCUUUUUUUCUCAGUGUGUGGCAACGCGUUCCCAUGGAGACGGUCGUGUAUACAAAUGGACGGGAAACUAUUCGUGAAACCUUUAGUAUCUGUUAACUCACGGACUGUACUCUGUUAGCUAUUUUUUAUGAAUUAACUUAAUAACCAUGUCAAUUUUAAUGCCAAUUCUUAACUUAAGUUGACCGGAAUCUUUCUAAAUUUGUCCGGUAAGUUUUUGUUCAGGUUUAAACUGACCGCUUGAGAAUCAUCCCCGGACUGUAACGUUAGUGAAUAGUUUGUAUGUGAUGGAUGGUGACAGUGAUGAAAUAAAGGAGCAGCUGAGGCUUCAAUUUCAAGCUCUUCAAGAGCAACAAGUGCAGCGCAUCCAGAAAAGACUGGAGAUGAAAAAGACGGAAAGAGAUAAGACUGACCCAAACGCUCCUCCUCUCAGCAGCCUGGACAAUAUAAGCUUCACAGAAGAGGAUGAUGACAUGACGGAUGUAUUCAACGCAAGAGUGAUGCAGAAUGAAAAUGAACAGUUGCAAGAUUACGUGAGGGAGCUGAGAGAUGAGAAUGGCAGACUCUAUAAACUGCUGAGUGAGAAAGACUUUGAGAUAAAACACCUGAAAAAGAAGAGAGAGGAGGAACGAUUGGCUUUAGCAGGUACUGCUGGUCUGGCAGGAGAUGCAGCAGCAACCAAAAUUGUGGAACUGUCAAAGAAGAAUCGAGAAUUAGCUGCUGACAUAGAACGAGAGAAGACCAAAACUAAACAAGCAAACAAUCGAGUCAAAGAACUGGAGAAAGAGCUUCAGACCACGCUGUUACUUAAUCCUGGAAAGAAGACAAACAAAAUGCAGAAUUCAAGAACUAUGAACGACCAUCUUGAAAACAGCCCGGUAGUAAAAUCCCUGCAGGAGAAAUUAUCUACAGCCCAGCUCAAAAUGACUGAAUACCGCAACCAGAUCCAGACGUUUAAGCAAGAGUUAAAAAUAGCUCACAAGGUGUUGAGCUGUGAGGUGGGUGAGGAUGUGAAUAUUCAGCAGAUACUGUGUAACCCAGGAGGCUGGAGAGGCCGUUCACAGCAGAUCCUCGCUCUUCAGAACAGAGUGCGAGACCUGGAACAACAGCUGAGCCAGUCCUCUCUCAGAAAGCAGCUAUGCGAGCUUGGCCUUGAGGAGGAGAUCACAAGAAUGGGAGGCCAACAGAAGACACAAGACAGAAACCUCAGCCACAUCCGUCACAUAGAGAGGGAAAGGAAGGAGACACUGGAGAAGCUCACAAUGGAUUAUGAAGUUCUGCUCGAAGAACACUCAGACAUGAAAAAGAAGCUGGAGGCCUCUAAAGCCAGAAGCAAAGUGUUGAGCACAGAAAUCAAAGCCCUGAAGAGCCAGAUCAGUACUCUGCUGGAUAAAGGCAAACACGAUGAUGAGCUGGUCGAUGCCUUAUUGAAGCAGCAGGCGAAGUGGCAGGCCAUGCUCGGUCAUCUAAGCCAGAAAGGCUUCCAGCGCGAGGAGGCUCAGCAGGGUGUGGAGAGGCAUCUGCACAGCGAGGCCCAGCAGCACGCCUCCCUCAUCCAGCAGCUCAAAGUCAUGGUGUCAGAGAAAGAGAACAAGGUCAAAGAGCUGGAGCAGGAGAUCCAGCAACUCGCGCUCAUGAAGCAGUCAGAGUGUAAGAGUCAAACUAACAUCAGGCCUUUGACAUCACGACAUGAAAACAGCAGGGAGUCAAACUCUGCCAGAGAAGCACGAGCGGCCUGUCCAGAGUGUGCUGUUAAAAUCCCAGCGCUCCAGGCUCAGUGUGCUGAGUAUAAGACUCUUUAUCAAGCUGCCAGUGUGGAGAGAGACAAACUGCUGGAGCUGACCAAAGUACAGCAAACCAGUGAAGAAGAGGCAAAGCGCCAGUGUGCAGAAGCUGAGCAGAAACUCAGGCUAGAAUGGCAGCGUUCAGUCUUACUGGAGCAGCAGCUGGAGAAAGCCAAACUGGACUCAAGGAAAGAAGCGAGUUUGCAAACAUCUAAUCGGAGUAGAACAGGAAGCUCAGGCAGCAUUCUGAGUCUGAGUCUGAGUCUCCCUGACAAACAAGAGGGUUUGUCUCCCAGAAUCUCCUCAGAUGUCACCCGUGAUGCUCAACUUAGUGAACUCAAAACACGCACGGCUGGCACUGCAACUAGAAGAAAAUGAAACCUCAAGAACCGCUCUGAAGAAUGCCUUGAAGAAAAAGAAAGAAGGCUUGCAGUUCUACAAGGACGUGCUGAUGGCCCAAGCAAAACAGGAAUUCCAGCAGGCCCACAGAAAGCAUGAGCAGGGGACUUAGACUGGACUGAAGAAGGCUCUUUGCUAGCAAACGGAAAUCUUUGAAGGACAACUCCGGCAUGUUUAUGACACGUACAUGCUCAUACAAAACAAAUGACUCGUUUCAAGUACAUCAAUCCACCCGGGAUUGUGAGGUCACGAGAACAUGAAUGAGAAAGGACACGCUUUUUGUUAGUUAUGCAUAGAAUAAAAUAAUAAUGAGAUCCUGUUUGUUUAAUAACGGUUGGAACAUUUUAAGACAUUAUCAAGGUAAACUAGUUUUUUCUCUCUCUCUCUCUCUUUCUGGCACUCUAAAGUGGAAACAAACUUUCCUGCCUUCUUUUCUGACGCACAUUGCUCAUUAAUAUUUGAUUUGUGCGUCGUGGUGUAAAACCAAAAAUGAAAAGCAAAACCAAAAUAAGCUCUGCAGAAUGCACGCCCUCCCCUGCUCAAGCGAUAUGUGUGCGAUGACUUGACCCUUCGCUUACCGUGUCUCUCCUCUUGUUUACAUUUAACGUAUCAGCCGGCGCAUUCAUGCUGCCAUACAUGAGUUAUUCUCUUUCCUAUGUGGCCGGAGGGGGUUUGAGGCCUCCCCUCCCGACGCUGCUCCACCACGCUUAAUUUAAACCUGUGGCUGAAGCAGUGUGCUCCUCUUGAAACAGCGCACUAUUUCAUCUUCCCAGAAGCCUGAGGGACACUGGCAAGCCCAAGGCUGUUACGAGUGCGAGUACCACAAGACCAAAAUAUCAUCCAGGACUGGAAAUGAUGGAAAAAAAAGCCUUGUUUACACUGAGGAAAUAAAAGGAACUUGUGUUUGAAAUGAGAUUGCAGAUAACAGAUGUUCAACAUGGACAGAGAUGCUUGAUGCAACGCAGUUGCAGUUGCAAAGGAUGGUAUGGUGAAGGGGUAGUUCACCAAAAAAAAAAUUAAUUCUGUCCUAAAAAGCACAUAUUGUGGAAAUAAUAUACUUUAAAAUAAUGUACUUGAGUGUGCACUGAAUGUAAUGUUUUCACACUUCAUUGCAUGUUAACUACAAAAAAUGAAAGUGUAAUAAAAUAUAUAUUAUUUAUA